AGUUAUUAUUUAUUAUUUAAAUGUGCGCAUCAACAUGAAGAGUUGCACCAUUUUUGUAAUUUUACUUUUUUUACACAAUAAAGCUUUGUAUACUAUUCACUUCGCAAAUGCAGUGACUAAACCGUCACUUACUGAGGAACAUUUGAACUGGAAUGCAUUUAAUGGAAAUGCUAACUCUGGAGUAAAAAAUGGAGGUCCUAGAGAAAACAAUAAACCUGAAAUCAAACCUAUUGCUUCUUCAAUUUAUAAACAACAGACACAGAGUCCCCAAGAUAUAAACAAUGAGAAUAAUGCAGUUAUAUCAUCGGAUGGAAAAAAUUGUCCUUCUAAAACAACUGGCUUAUUCCCUAUUCAAUCAGAUUGCCAAAAGUUUUUAAAUUGCUUUAAAGGCCGUGGUUAUGUCCAGUCAUGUGGACCAGGAACUUUAUUUAAUCCCAAUACUUUAGAAUGUGAUUUUCCUGCUAAAGUACAAUGUCUAGAUGGAAAUCCAUCAAAAAUUGAUUCAUCAUUCAUAAAUAGAAAUCCUAAUCAGAAUUUUGAUUUAAACGCUGAAACUUCUAAUCAAGAUCAAGUAUUUAUUAACAAUGCCAAUGAAUACCAACCUCAAUCAACUAACCAAUAUCAACCUCAUUCAACUAAUCAAUACCAACCUCAGUCAAAUAAUCAAUAUCAGCCUCAAUCAACAAACCAAUAUCAACCUCAAUCAACUAAUCAAUAUCAACCUCAAUCAAAUAAUCAAUAUCAGCCUCAAUCAAAUAAUCAAUAUCGACCUCAAUCAACAAACCAAUAUCAGCCUCAAUCAAAUAAUCAAUAUCAACCUCAAUCAAAUAAUCAAUAUCAACCUCAAUCAACUAAUCAAUAUCAGCCUCAAUUAAAUAACCCAUUAGUUGGAACACAAUUUAUUGUUGAAGGUCAAAAUUUGAAUACAGAUACUUUACAACACUUUGGUUCAGCCGUGACCACAGAUUAUGGAUUACAAACUGGAGAGUCCAAACCACUCUAUGGAUCUAAUUUUGUUGUUAAUGGAUAUACUCAACAAAACACUGAAGAACAAUCACAGCAAUUUUAUCCAAAUGAACAAAAUACACCUGAAAAACAAGAAUUUAUUUCAAGAAUCUCUCCAAGUUCAGAACUACCUACUAGUAACACAAAUUAUCCAGGACAAAUUCAACAGCAAUCCCCUAACAGACAAAACUUUAUUCAAAAUCCACCAACAAAAUUUGAGCCAGUAAAUAGAAACCCAAAUUAUCAAGGACCUAUUCAACAGCAAUUCCCUACUAAGAACAAUUUCUAUCCUACUCCACAAUCAAAACCUGAGCCAAUUAAUAGUAAUUCAAACUAUCCUACACCCACUCAAGAGCAGUUUUCUAAUCAACAAAAUUUUAAUACAAAUCCAUCAAGAACCAAUCCUAAUGGAUAUGUGAAUCUAGAACAAGGAACUAUACCAUUUUCAAAAGGUCAGUCAAUUGUUGAAGGCCAUCAAUUUUUAACAAAUCAAAAUAACUAUAGGACACCCAAUAAUUAUGGUAAUGUUCAAGAAACUCAGAGUACUUAUUUAUCUGAACAAGAACAAAUUAAUCAACAAAAAAAUAAAAUACGAUUUCCAUCCCCAUACCCACCUUAUUCACAAAACGGUUAUAACGGAAAUCAAAAACCAAUUUCAAAUCCUUCUACUGUUAAUCCAAAUUCUUGGAUUCGAGGACAGCUUAAAGUGAAACAGGGUUCUAGUCUAAGUUCUUAUCCUAGCACAAAUGAAGAAUCAGAAUAUGAAGAAUUUCAAACACCUAAUAAUCAAUUCAACAAGCCAGCAUCGACUUUUGAUCUAGGUAACAAACAACAAAUAGAUUAUAAUAAACCAAAUAAUUAUGAUUCAUCAGGAUAUGCAAGUCAAACUAACAUAAAUAAUGGGCAACAAUCUUCUAUUUCAAAUGGUCAAGGUUAUAACUCAAAAUCUUCACCUGUUUAUUUAGAUCACCCUAAGGUUAGUGAAACUGAACAACAAUAUUUGAAUCCAAUACCACAAAAUAGGCAAACUAAUGGAGAUUCAAGAACGAAUAAACAAUUUAGAAUAGUUGUUUCAAAUAUUUCCAAGCCUAUUGAUAAUACAGAACAGUCAAGACAAAACACAGAAUUGAUUUCUAAUAGAGAUUCUUCUGGUAAAAAAUUAUCAAAUAAUUACAAUGGUUUACAAUACCCUGAACAAAAAGAAAAUUUAGGUAAAAUUCAAAAUCCUAGCUAUACGGAUAAUAUUCAAUCUCCUUCACAAGAAUCUCCAGUAUACUCAUCAUCAGCUACCAAUUCUAAGUGUCCAAAUGGCUUCAGUGGUAUUAAACCACAUCCUACAGAAUGUUCCAAAUUUCUGAGCUGUGCAAAUGGUAGAGCAUUUGAAAUGGACUGUGGUCCUGGAACAUUGUUUAACCCUACUAUAUCUGUCUGUGAUCACCCAUAUAAUGUAGAAUGUAAUCAAUUUGUAAGAACUACAUCAACCACAGAAGAAAAUGAUUAUAUUAUUAUGUACACUACACCAACAUCAAUACAAGAAGAUUAUACUCCACUCAUUGAUGUGAGACGAGACAUUGAUCAAGAAACUAGUAAUAGUAAUGUAGUAACUAAAACUGAACCUUUAGAAAAUCAUAAUCAAGCCGUGGUAGAAACUUUGCUAAUUGAAAAUAAACAGUCAAAAAUCUUAAGAAACCCUACAUCUAUUGAUUUACCAGAUAACUUUCUACCAAACUCUUCUAUAGUUUAUACGCCCCCUAAAAAUAUAAAUAACAAUGUAGUAGUGAGAAUUGAUUUGAAACCAAAUAGUACUCAGUCAAUUCGGUUACGUGGUGGUCCAAAAAGUUCUGAAGGAUUUUUACAAGUUCAAGAAAAGCCUUUUCAAUGGGGUGUGGUUUGUGAUGAACUCAACUCAUGGACAAUUGAUAAAGCAGAUAUUGUUUGUAAACAACUUGGGUUUAAGAGAGGAGCAGAACAAACAUGGCAAGGUUUAACUGUGACUACUGAUAAUCCUACUAGAUUAUUAAGAAAUAUAGGUGUUACCAAAGUAACAUGUAAUGGUCAAGAAAGUGUAUUUCAUAAUUGCAAACUCCAAAAUGAUAAAACUUGUAAUGUUGAAAGAGAUGCAGUCUGGGUAAAAUGUCGAUCGAAUUCAGGCUCUGAAUGUCAACCAGAAGAAGUAUCUUAUGAUGGAAAAUGUUAUAAAUUAUUUAUUCCUGUACCAGAAAAACAAAGUAAAGUUCAAGACAUUGGCUAUAGCAAAGCUGAAGCAUUGGAACACUGUCUUAAACGUGGAGGAAAACUUUUAGAUAUUAGCUCACAAAAAGAAAAUGAUUUCAUAUCUGAAUGGUUAUCUAGACAGAAAACAGAAAGUCCUAUCCUGACUUCAGGAGUUGGUGUAUCAUUAUUAGGAAGUCCCAUAUGGAUUUGGGAAGGCACUGAAAAUCCAUUUGUAUACCAAAAUUGGUGGCCAGGUUGGGAAUUUAAAAAAGUUCUUUCACCCAAUAUCAAAACAAACCGUGCACUAUGUAUUGUCUUACAAAAAUCAUUCCCUUGUCCUUCUAAUCCGAACAGCACAAAAUUAUGUGACUCUGAGUACUAUUACUGGGAAGCCAUUGAUUGUGGAACAAAGACUGAUAGACUACCUUACGUUUGCGAACGAGAUGUUGAUGACAUUGGUUGUGUGAAUGGGGCUGGUUCAGAUUACAUUGGUUCUGCAAAUACGACUUCAUCUGGUAAUGCCUGUUUAUUCUGGGAAGAUCAGCAAGUUUUAGUGGCUAUGAAGUACAGAGUAUCAGAAAAAACUCGAAGAUCAUUAUUAGUCAAACAUAACAAAUGUAGAAAUCCUGACGGUACUGAUUUGCUGCCAUGGUGCUAUGUACAAACAUCAAAUGGAAUAGUGCGAAGUGAAUUUUGCGAUAUACCAGUUUGUAAUGCUGCCACUAAACCACAAAAAGUCAGUCGAAUGAUCGAAGAACCAAAAUGUGACGCAGGAUUUUUUGAAUGCCAACCUAAUGAAUGUAUUACUCAAGCCUGGGUUUGUGAUAAUCAAGCAGAUUGUAGUAACGGUAUGGAUGAAAAAAAUUGUUCUAAUAUUUUGGACAAUUUUAUUAAAACUCCAGAAGCUCGAUUGACAAGCCAUGAAGCUGAAAAAUGGCUUCAUACUACCGUUAACACUUGUGCUAACCGUUGCAUGCAAGCAGAUGGUUUUGUUUGUCAAUCAUUUUCUCAUAAUAAAAAUGAACAAACUUGUAUAUUAAAUGAAAAAACAAAAGUUGAUACUACAACAGUUUUAGAAUCUGAUAAAGAUUGGGAUUACUACGAAACUGAUAAAGCUCUUUGUAUAGGAAAAUUUAUUUGUGAAAAUGGAAAUUGUGUUGAUAAAUCAAAAGAAUGUGAUGGACAUAAUGAUUGUGGAGAUCGAAGUGAUGAAACUAAAUGUACUAAAGAUAUGAUGGGAUAUGAAAUUAGACUGAUGGGUGGAAAUACCACUAAUGAAGGACGUGUUGAAGUCAAAAUCUUAGGUGAAUGGGGAGUUAUAUGUGAUGAUAAAUUUGAUUUACGAGAAGCUAAUGUCAUCUGUCGAGAACUUGGUUUUCUAAAUUCUGUUGCUGUAAAAUCAAAUUCCUAUUAUGGAGUGCCUAACAAAACAAGAUUUGUAUUGGAUGAUCUAGAUUGCAAUGGAACUGAAAAUUCACUUUACUCUUGUCAAUUCAAAGAAUGGGGAGUUCAUGAUUGCAAUGCUCAAGAGUCAGCUGGUGUUGUGUGUAGAGUUGCUGGUGGAAAAGCUUGUUCAAAUGAUGAAUUUGAGUGUAAAUCUGGAGAAUGUGUUCCAGUACGUUUCUUAUGUGAUUCAUAUACAGAUUGUACUGAUGGAUCGGACGAAUCACCAGAACGUUGUAAUUCGCCUUUAGAGAUACGUUUAGUCGGUGGUAACGAACGUCGAGCAGGUAUGGAAGGCAGGGUCGAAGUACGUCAGUUUGGUGUAUGGGGAACGGUGUGUGAUGAUGAUUUUGGUACGAACGAAGCACUGGUCAUUUGUAACGGUCUAGGUUUUAAGGGAACUGCAGAAUUUAAAAAAGAAGCAGCUUUUGGUCCCGGAAAUGGACUGAUCUGGUUAGAUCAAUUGCGGUGCGUGGGCAACGAAACAUCUUUGGAAGAUUGUUUGCAUGAGAAAUGGGGACAGCACAAUUGUAAACACAGCGAAGACGUGUCUGUUAUUUGCCAUUCGGAUUCUAAAAAAACGAACGACACACAGGAAACGACGACAAAAAGUACAUUGCCGAAGAAAAAGAACCUGAAAGAACUGUUGUCCAAUCAGUGUGGAAGGCGAUUAGUGACAGUUCCAAAGUCUAUGAGUAUGGUGCAACAGAGAAUUGCGUCGGGAUUUAAGACCGAAAGAGGAGACCAUCCUUGGCAGGCUAGUAUUAGAUCGAGAACACCAGCCGGUCAAACGGAACACGUUUGCGGAGCGGUAAUCAUUUCCAAGUACCACGUAUUGACAGCGGCGCAUUGUGUACGUGAUUUGGAUAAAGACUUCUACUUCGUUAGGAUUGGUGACUACAACAUGGGGACGCCCGAAGACUCCGAACAAGAUAUUUACAUCGAUGAAAUUUACAUUCACGAGAAUUUUGAGGUAAGCGUUAAAUUGAACAACGAUAUAGCCGUAAUCAAAUUAAAAACUAGCGGUGCGGGAAUCAAGUUCAAUCAAUACGUUCAGCCAAUUUGUUUGCCAACGGAAAUUAUCAAAUUAAAUUCUAAUAUGAACUGUACCAUCACCGGAUGGGGAUCAGACGGUUCCAUCAGUUCGAGUUUCGCUAACACCUUGAGAUCAGCAACAGUGCCGAUAAUAGACAUGAAAAUAUGUAAAGCUGCUUAUGUGUACGGAAAAACGACAAUUAGCAACGGGAUGUUUUGUGCGGGAAACUUAGACGGCGGAGCCGAUGCCUGUCAAGGCGAUUCCGGCGGCCCUAUGGUGUGCUCUACAGAAUUAGGUGAAACUGUUAUGGGUAUAACGAGUUGGGGUUAUGGCUGCGGACGAGCCAACAAGCCAGGAGUGUAUACCAAUGUCUUGUUUUACGAAGAAUGGCUGUCAAAAACAUUAUUGAAAUAAGUUAGGAUCUCUAAUAUAGUAAAAUUUAAAAUGAAAUAAAAUAACAAAUAUUAAUCUUAAUCACCAUAAAUACUUACCUUUGGGUUUUAGGCUUCGACCUAUAUUAUAAUUAAUAUGAAAUAUCUUAUAAUAUUCCAAAAUUAUG